AUGCUGUUUGUACAUGCAGCAUGUUCAUCAAAUCCUGGAAUUGUAUGUAGUCAUGAUUAUUUAUUAGUGGAUGAUCGUAUACCUAAUGUUUAUGACGGUAUAAUUAACAAUAUACCAAUAAUUCGUUUUUGUUUAAUCAAUAAUUCCACAUUGAAAACAAUCGCCACAAAGACAAAAACAAAAUUACCAGAAGUAGAAAUGAUCAAUUCAUCAUUAUCUUCUCCUUCUUCGAUCUCCUCUGGAUCCUUUUCAUUGAAUUCAAUCGAUUAUAAUAAAUUAUAUGCACCAGAUGAAUCAUAUUUAGUUGGGCAAAUUUAUGAUCCAAUCAGUAAUGUAUACGGUUUACAGUUUACAUCAAAUUGAAAUUUAUUAGAUCCAUAUAUUAUUCAUGGAAAAGGCAUAGUGUUAGAAUAUAUUG